ACCGUGCGUUUUUUUUCUGUUUUUUUUUUUUGUGGUCGUCUUACCUCUGGAGGUAGGAAGGGGUGAGAAACCCUAGCUCAACGACAACUCGGUCUCUACGGUCCAAGGAAGGCGAAUCACUUGGUAGAACCAGCAUUCGAGUUCUCUCUACUCCGCGAACGUGUGCUCGCUAAGCAGCCUAUCUGGUUCAUAAAAUGAGUGGUCGUUUUUCUCGCACAAUUUAUGUUGGAAACCUGCCUGCAGAUAUAAAAGAAUGGGAAAUUGAAGAUCUAUUUUACAAGUAUGGCCGAAUAUUGGAUAUUGAAUUGAAAAUUCCACCUCGUCCUCCCUGUUAUUGUUUUGUGGAGUUUGAUAAUUCUCGGGAUGCGGAAGAUGCAAUCAGGCGUCGAGAUGGCUAUAAUUUUGAUGGUUGCCGUCUAAGGGUUGAGUUUGCACGUGGUGGUAGGGGGCAAUCAUCCUCAAUUGAUCAUCGUGGUGGCAGUGGUGGAGACCGUGGAGGGCGUUAUGGCACUUCACACCAUUCUGAAUUUCGAGUUAUUGUCCGAGGGCUUCCUUCGUCUGGUUCAUGGCAAGAUUUGAAGGAUCAUAUGCGAAAAGCUGGCGAUGUGUGUUUUGCUGAAGUUUCCCGUGACAGUGAGGGAACCUUUGGUCUGGUUGAUUAUACUAAUUAUGAAGACAUGAAAUAUGCUAUUCGGAAACUUGAUGACACCGAAUUUAAAAAUCCAUGGACAAGAACUUACGUUCGGGUGAAGAGAUACGAGCGCAGUCCAUCCAGAAGCCGAAGUAGGAGCCGAAGUAGAAGCAGAAGUUUGAGAAGGAAUAGGAGCAAAUCAUUAGAAGGUUCUGUUUGCAGGUCGCCAUCAAAAUCUAGAUCUGCAUCACCUGUCAAGCGGUCCAGAUCGGUGAUGGAUCCUGUCUACUUAACUACAAACUAUAAAAGAAGGGUGCGAUCGGAUAGUGCUUGACUCUUCACAAUAUAAUUGGGAAGUUUUCGUUGCCUGCUUGGGACAGGUUGGAGCAUGUCUUAGCGGUCGAAUUACCGGAACAUGUUUUGUUUUUUUAGAACUUGAUAUGGCCAGAUGACAACCAUCUUGAAGUUCAAGGACCCUGUGAAAAUACUCAAUCUGACAUUAUUAACAGCACUCACUAUGUGCAUGGUUUAUGUGCAUUUUUGUUGCAUGGAAGAGAUGUUAAGUUGUUUGUCAUUGAAUAUAUGUUGGGAUUCCUUUUGAAUUGAUGGGUCUAUUUUUCUGCAA